CUGCAGGUAAUCAAAGUGUAUACUGAGGACAAUACAAGUCGAGCAGUAGAGGUUCCGACUGACAUCACAGCCCGGGACAUAUGCCAGCUGUUUGUCCUGAAGAAUCAUUGCAUUGACGACCACAGCUGGACACUGUUUGAGCAUCUCUCCCAUCUAGGCAUAGGUAAGAUUUCAAUUCAAUACAACGUUAUUUAUCCCACCAGGGGCAAUUAAGAAAGAGAAGUCAGUUUUACAAGUACAGUAUCAGAUUACUGUGUAAUGAUGAUGGUGAUGAGGAUGUGCACAAUAUCUAGUUUAGUGAGUGCAGAACCCUAAACCGAACCCAGUUGUUUUACUCUUUCUGUGGCACACUGCAGUGUGAUUCUGCUCUUUGAAAAGAUACCACAAGUUGAUCAGCAAAGAGUUAAUCGUACAGCAACAGUGACUCCAAUCUUCCUACUGGUGUAGCCUUACCAUUUCUCAGCAGCAUAACUUAUCCAUCUGUUCUGUUCAUUAUUUCAUUGAGUCUUUAAAGCAUUGAUUUUGCUGGAGAUGUGCUGUUGUCAUUUAACCAGUUUAGUAAGGUGUGUCCUAAAGUCUGCAUUGUUCCUCUGAGUCUCUCCUUUUCUCCCUUUUUACUGUAAUGCGUAAUUUUGAAAACAUGUUUUGAGGUGAUUGAUAAUUCCACUCAGUAUAUGUCGUUAUAGGAAAAUGUGUUAAUUUUAGAUGAGCUAAACUGAACAAAAAUAUAAAUGUAACAUGUAAAGUGUUGGUCGCAUGUUUCAUGAGCUGAAGUAAAAGAUCCCAGAAAUGUUCCAUACGCACAAAAAGCUUAUUUCGGUCAAAUUUUGUGCACAGAUUUGUUUACAUCCUUGUUAGUGAGCAUUUAUCCUUUGCCAAGAUAAUUCAUCCACCUGACUGGUGUGGCAUAUCAAGAAACUGAAUAAACAGCAUGAUCAUUACACAGGUGCACCUUGUGCUGGGGACAAUAAAAGGCCACUCUAAAAUGUGCAGUUUAGUCAGACAACACAAUGCCACAGAUGUAUCAAGUUUUGAGUGAGCGUGCAAUUGGCAUGCUGACUGCAGGAAUGUCCACCAGAGCUGUUGCCAGAGAAUGUAAUGUUCAUUUCUUUACCAUAAGCCUCCUCCAAUGUCGUUUUAGAGAUUUUGGCAGUACGUCGAACCGGCCUCACAACCGCAGAUCACGUGUAACAACGCCAGCCCAGGACCUCCACAUCCAGCUUCUUCACCUGUGAGAUUGUCUGAGACCAGGCUCCCGGACAGCUGAUGAAACUGUGGGUUUGCACAACCGAAUAAUUUCUGCACAAACUGUCAGAAACAGUCUCAUGGAAGCUAAUCUGCGUGGUCGUCGUCCUCACCAGGGUCUUGACCAGACUGCAGUUCGGCGUCGUAACCAACUUCAGCAAAUGCUCACUUUCGAUGGCUACUGGCACGCUGGAGAAGUGUGCUCUUCACGGAUACAUCCUGGUUUCAACUGUACCGGGCAAUGGCAGACAGCGUGAAUGGCGUUGUGUGGGCGAGCGGUUUGCUGAUGUCAACAUUGUGAACAGAGUGCCCCAUGGUGGCAGUGGGGUUAUGGUAUGGGCAGGCAUAAGCUACAGACAACAAACACAAUUGCAUUUUAUAGAUGGCAAUUUGAAUGCACAGAGAUACCGGGACGAGAUCCUGAGGCCCAUUGUUGUGUCAUUCAUCCGCUGCCAUCACCUCAUUUUUCAGAAUGAUAAUGCACGGCCCCAUGUCGCAAGGAUCUGUAUAUAAUUCCUGGAAGCUGAACAUUUCCCAGUUCUUCCAUGCCCUGCAUACUCACCAGACAUGUCACCCAUUGAGCAUGUUUGGGAUGCUCUGGAUCAACGUGUACGACAGUGUGUUCCAGUUCCCGCCAAUAUCCAGCAACUUCGCAAAGCCAUUGAAGAGGAGUGGGACAACAUUCCAAAGGCCACAAUCAACAGCCUGAUCAACUCGAUAUGAAGGAGAUGUGUCGCGCUGCAUGAGGCAAAUGGUAGAUAUACCAGAUACUGACUGGUUUUCUGAUCCACUCCCUAUCUUUUUUUUAAAGGUAUCUGUGACCAACAUGUGCAUAUCUGUAUUCCCAGUCAUAUUCCCAGAAAUCCAUAGAUUAGGGCCUAAUGAUUUCCUUAUAAGAACUGUAACUCAGUAAAAUCUGUUGAAAUUGUUGCAUGUUGCGUUUAUAUUUCUGUUCAGUGUAUGCGGAAAAUACCAAUGACCCUUUGGAAAAUAAACUUGUGAAAAGAAUGUCAGCUAAAACAUGACCUCUUUUAUUCCAAUAGUCAAUUGUUUCCUGAUGAUGAAACAUUGAGCUAACAGGCUCCUAACUGUUGUCAUUAUAAAGAGGCCAUAAAAGUCCAACUAUAAAGAACUAGGGUUCCAAAAUUCCCAUGUUUUCCAGAAAUCCUGGUUAGUGGAUUCCUGGAUUUCCUGCUUAUUCACUCCUAAAUCCAGAAAUAUUCUAACCUGGAUUUCUGGAAAACCUAGUAACCAGUAUUUUGCAACCCUAUAAAGAACCUUACAUAUGACUACAUAGCAAGGCAUCUCAGCAUCUGUUUUGCCAUGUUAUAUCAUACUGACACAAAAGAUUGCUUUUCCAGUGCCUCUAUGCAGGCACCGGUUAUGUCCCAAAUGGCAACCUAUUCCCUUUAUAGUGCACUACUUUUGACUCUGCCAUUUGGGACACACAUUAGUUCCUCUCGACCUUUAGAGCCCUUUGAACCUCCUCUAACAAUCUCUGGUCUGAUUCACUCAUCAUCUUGGUCAAGCCAAAUAAAGCUUGUGCUUCUGUUAUAGAAGUAGUUGAAGUGCAUCUGCUUUCACUGAGUUUGUAAUGAAGUGCUACUCAACUUAGAUGUACAAUUCUUGCAUUAUUCGUUCUCAUUCUGUAAGCCCUUUCAGUGCUUAAUGCAGUGCUUGUGUGGAGAUGAAAUGGUACCUUUUUUUCCCUUCUCUAACGAUACUAGACUGAUGUUGCUUUAUUGGCUGUAAUAGACCCUGAGGGGGAUUGAGGUCUGAUGACCAUGCCCGCCUUGCCCCGACCGUGGUUAUAUUAUGGGAAUAACUCAGCCUCAAAUUGCUGUGCAGCAUUCCAGAUGACUGCCUCCAAACCGCUGCUUUCCAUUGGAACAGUUCAUAUGCAUUUGAGGUUCAAGGGAUUGAGUAAUGUUCAUUGAUCAAUUGAAAUAAUAAAUAUAGCUUUGAGCAACAAUGAACGGGAUUCACAGGAUGACAUAAAUUACACAAGAUCAGUUGGAUAACAAAGCACUCGAUCAUGUAGGAACUAUCUUCCUUUAUGUGCAAUCAGCAUUACCAUGUUUAUCUCUCAAUACCACAAGGAUGACGCAAGUGACGUUGUCUAGUGCGGUAGGUUGCGUCUUUGAGUGCAGCAGGUAAUAAUUUUUUAAUUAAUUACUUAAUAUAUUGAGUUUAAUAUAAAUAUAUAUAUACGCUGGCUGCGCAAGAGGUAGGACUUCCGGUUUCAAAUUUUCCCUAAUAAAAUAUCCACACUACGUUCAGACCAUAUAAUAGGGCAACAAUAUGUGAUUUAUACAGAUAUGUUUUACAUUGUUCGUCUGCAUAAUUUUAAUCUAACAUUCAUUUGCAAGAGACAAAGUCUACUUGAUCAAUAGUUAUUGCUCUAGUGUCCUAUGGUGCCACUGGUGCCAAUGACAUCUAUAGUGCCACCAAAUGGUCUGGUGCAGCCAUCUAAUGUUUUAGUGACUUUAUAUUCACACAGCUUUUAAGGAUGUAUACAUAAGGUUUACAUAACAAAUGUAAUGGCCCCAUGUCCAUCAGUUCAGUUCUUAUAGCCCUGGUGUGAUAUUGUGCCAUCUAGUGGUGUAGCGUGGCCGACUUUGAAUGCAUCAACAGUAGUGAGUCUAAAUACAAAAUCUGGACUGAAUCUGACGUAUGGUUCAUGAGGAGAAGAUGAUUGCAGAUGAUUUUGAGCAUUAGCGUUACAUACAGUGGGGAAAAAAGUAUUUAGUCAGCCACCAAUUGUGCAAGUUCUCCCACUUAAAAAGAUGAGAGAGGCCUGUAAUUUUCAUCAUAGGUACACGUCAACUAUGACAGACAAAAUAAGAAGAAAAAAAAUCCAGAAAAUCACAUUGUAGGAUUUUUAAUGAAUUUAUUUGCAAAUUAUGGUGGAAAAUAAGUAUUUGGUCAAUAACAAAAGUUUCUCAAUACUUUGUUAUAUACCCUUUGUUGGCAAUGACACAGGUCAAACGUUUUCUGUAAGUCUUCACAAUGUUUUCACACACUGUUGCUGGUAUUUUGGCCCAUUCCUCCAUGCAGAUCUCCUCUAGAGCAGUGGGCGCUGUCGCUGGGCAACACGGACUUUCAAGUCCCUCCAAAGAUUUUCUAUGGGGUUGAGAUCUGGAAACUGGCUAGGCCACUCCAGGACCUUGAAAUGCUUCUUACGAAGCCACUCCUUCGUUGCCCGGGCGGUGUGUUUGGGAUCAUUGUCAUGCUGAAAACCCAGCCACGUUUCAUCUUCAAUGCCCUUGCUGAUGGAAGGAGGUUUUCACUCAAAAUCUCACGAUACAUGGCCCCAUUCAUUCUUUCCUUUACACGGAUCAGUCGUCCUGGUCCCUUUGCAGAAAAACAGCCCCAAAGCAUGAUGUUUCCACCCCCAUGCUUCACAGUAGGUAUGGUGUUCUUUGGAUGCAACUCAGCAUUCUUUGUCCUCCAAACACGACGAGUUGAGUUUUUACCAAAAAGUUAUAUUUUGGUUUCAUCUGACCAUAUGACAUUCUCCCAAUCCUCUUCUGGAUCAUCCAAAUGCACUCUAGCAAACUUCAGACGGGCCUGGACAUGUACUGGCUUAAGCAGGGGGACACGUCUGGCACUGCAGGAUUUGAGUCCCUGGCAGCGUAGUGUGUUACUGAUGGUAGGCUUUGUUACUUUGGUCCCAGCUCUCUGCAGGUCAUUCACUAGGUCCCCCCGUGUGGUUCUGGGAUUUUUGCUCACCGUUCUUGUGAUCAUUUUGACCCCACGGGGUGAGAUCUUGCGUGGAGCCCCAGAUCGAGGGAGAUUAUCAGUGGUCUUGUAUGUCUUCCAUUUCCUAAUAAUUGCUCCCACAGUUGAUUUCUUCAAACCAAGCUGCUUACCUAUUGCAGAUUCAGUCUUCCCAGCCUGGUGCAGGUCUACAAUUUUGUUUCUGGUGUCCUUUGACAGCUCUUUGGUCUUGGCCAUAGUGGAGUUUGGAAUGUGACUGUUUGAGGUUGUGGACAGGUGUCUUUUAUACUGAUAACAAGUUCAAACAGGUGCCAUUAAUACAGGUAACGAGUGGAGGACAGAGGAGCCUCUUAAAGAAGAAGUUACAGGUCUGUGAGAGCCAGAAAUCUUGCUUGUUUGUAGGUGACCAAAUACUUAUUUUCCACCAUAAUUUGCAAAUAAAUUCAUAAAAAAUCCUACAAUUUUAUUUUCUGGAUUUUUUUUCUUCUCAAUUUGUCUGUCAUAGUUGACGUGUACCUAUGAUGAAAAUUACAGGCCUCUCUCAUCUUUUUAAGUGGGAGAACUUGCACAAUUGGUGGCUGACUAAAUACUUUUUUUCCCCACUGUAUGCAAAUAAUUAUUUGAUAAUGUUUUUUGAGAUAUCAAUACUAUAUUCCGUGUGGUUCAUCUUAGGGACGUCCAUGAUAGCGAUGACAAGUUUCAAGUUGAUAGGUCACUGUGGAGUGGAUUUACAGUGCUUUAAAUGGGCAUGUUAAAUCUGAUUUUUGAUUUAUCAAUAACUCAUCUUGACCAAUCCCUUAGCUUUUCCCAAACAAAGUUGAGGCAUGUACCAUGGACCUUCAUUCCACAUUUGGUGUCAUUUGGACGUAUGGUUCAUGAUAAUAUUUUUAUAGUAUCUACUGGUAUAGUGUGGCCAUCUUUGAAUGCAUCAACAUUAUUUUCUCAUGCUAUUUAGGGACGAGUCCAAAGACCAAAUUUGGAGUGAAUCUGACUUUUUUACAAUGGGUGGUUUGGUAUUCCCAUUGUUAGUCUAUCCUGCCCAUGAUAUACUAGACAUAUACUACACAUACUGUACACUGAGUGUACAAAACAUUAAGAACUCUUUCCAUGACACAGACUGACCAGGUGAAUCCAGGUAAAAGUCAUGAUCCCUUAUUGAUGUCACUUGUUAAAUCCACUUCAAUCAGUGUAGAUGAAGGGGAGGAGAAAGGGUAAAGAAGGAUUUUUAAGCCUUGAGACAAUUGAGACAUGGAUUGUGUAUGUGUGCCAUUCAGAGGGUGAAUGGGCAAGACAAAAGAUUUAAGUGCCUUUGAACGGGAUAUGGUAGUAGGUGCCAGGCACACUGGUUUGAGUGUGCCACUCAAUAUUAGGAAGGUGUUCAUAAUGUUUUGUACACUCAGUUUAUACUAGAAAACAUACACAUGGCCACAUUCAAUAAAAAGUGGCAUUGUUUAUGUCGUUACCUAGCAACGCACUACUAAUACUACUACUACUUUUACAGAUCCACUGUCUCAUCUGCCCAGCCAUGCAACUUAUAAACUUCAUCUCCACUGUAAAAAGCAUCUAGACAUUCUCUCCGACAUUUGCAACAUUGUUGCAAUAUUGAAAUUCGAUCUCCACUGUGUCCCAAAAUAAUGUCAUUUCGGUACGAGAUAGACAGGCAGCUUUCCUCAGCCAGUCAAUCCGCAUCAUUUUAUGGAUAUAUAAAUUAAAUGUCAAUGGAGAAACCGGUAAAACGAAAUGAAAUGGUGCUGGUUUGCGGUCUUUCCAGCUGAAGUGAUUGUGUUGGCUGUGUAGUUGGCUAGCUAGCAAUAGCAACCUGCAAAGUUCUGGAACUAUCAACCAGUGCUUGGGUAGUUUUUGACAGUCAAUACGAAAAUAACUAACGACCAUAUAACCCCAAAAAUUGCACUUGACAACCAGUGGUCGUGAAUGUAGCAUCAUGCUUUGUUGAAAAAUGUGUGGUUUGGGAAAUAAUCUUGCAUUUUUAAUGCUGGUAACCCAUUGUAUAACAGCAAUAAUACACUCAAGUCCAAUGCUUUUAAGCAUUAACGCUAUAUAGUCAAAAAAGUGAAUUCUUAUUACUUUCCUUAUUUUAAAAGAUAUCAAUGCCAAACGUAACAUGAUUUAUCAUGGUAAUGCCUUUGAUAACCCUAAAACGAUUCAAGUUGAUAGGCCAUUGUGGAAUGGAUUUACAAAGGAUUUUAAAUGGACACGUAAAAUCAGAUUUCCUGAUUCAUCAAUAACUCAGCCAUCUCUUAACCAAUACCUUAGCUUUUGUCAAACUAAGUUAAGAGAUGUACCAUGGGUCUACAUACCAGCGUUAUUUGAACUUAUGGUUACUGAGAAUACGUUUUCAAAAAUGUCCAAGAUGGAGGAAAAUCUCUCCCAAUGGACCUUAUGGGUCCUUGAGGCAAAUUUGUUCAGCAUGAGGAAAGACACCUACAUACACAUUUUAACUUUAACAAGUUACUUAUUGUUUCAGUGUGCCAAAUUAGGAAAAAAGUUACCAAUCUAUGCUUGAGUUAUUUGACCAUGUCAAAAAAAGAUUCUGACAAUAACAAUAAUUAUUUGUUGUCUUUGCUGUGAACCCCUAAUAAUACCCACAGAGCCAGGACUCAUACUGUAACUCCCACCUUAAGUUAUUUAUUAAUCUAUCUCUAGAUAAAGUGUUAAUAAUCAAUCUGCACAGUGUAAUGUUUUUAAAGGUAGCAAAGCACAUGCCCUGCUGUGACACAGGUCUGAUUGUACUGAAUGUGGGCCCUGGGCACUAAACGUGUUUAUAUUGCUUUUGUGAUUAUGAACAAAUAACCACUGUAAUGUACUGUAUGUGUAACGUGGUUAGUUAUGUUUCCACUUGCCACUGCAGAAAUGUGUAUUUAAUGUUUAUGUAUUCUAAUUGGUUGGUUUAAGUCAGAUGUCAAUAAGAGGUAAUGUCAUUGGCUACGCUUGCAGAUAGGGGGAGAUUGCGAACGUCAAUUCUUCCCAGUCUGAUAUUGACAUGCAAGCGGUAGGUCACGUUCUGAAAUACUGUAUGCUAAUUAAGCAUACAGUGCAUUCGGAAAGUAUUCAGACCCCUUGACUUUUUCCACAUUUUGUUACGUUGCAGCCUUAUUCUUAAAUUGAUUUAAUUGUUUUUUUUCCUCAUCAACCUACACACAAUACCCUAUAAUGACAAACAGGUUUGUAGAAAUCUUUGCACAUUUAUAAAAUAAAAACAACUGAAAUUUGACAUUUACAAAAGUAUUCAGAUCCUUUACUCAGUACUUUGUUGAAGCACCUUUGGCAGCGAUUACAGCCUCGAGUCUUCUUGGGUAUGACGCUACAUGCUUGGCACACCUGUAUUUGGGGAGUUUCUCCCAUUCUUCUCUGCAGAUCCUCUCAAGCUCUGUCAGGUUGGAUGGGGAGCGUUGCUGCACAGCUAUUUUCAGGUCUCUCCAGAGAUGUUCGAUCGGGUUCAAGUCCGGACUCUGGCUGGGCCACUCAAGGACAUUCAGAGACUUGUUUCUCACUUUCCUCUCUGUCCAUUUCUUCUGCUUGUUGUGGUCUCUACAUUGACAUUUCUUUCUCUUGUAUCUACCAGAAAGAAUCAUAGAAGAUCAUGAAUCUGUUAUGGAGGUGCUGUCCGGUUGGGGCAUGGACACAGACAGUCGGCUAUAUUUCCGGAAGAACUAUGCCAAAUAUGAAUUCUUCAAUAAACCGCUGGUAAGACGAGGGUGUGAUAUUAGCAAAGAAAUGUGUGUACUCAUUUAUACAUUAUACCACCUGUUUUCUUAAUGCACUCUGCUGGACCAAUAAGUAUUAGUUGAUGUAAAGAGCAUGUGUGUUGUUAUGACUGAUGUUGUUUUCAUGUUGAUAGGAUUCUUUCCCAGAUCACAUGGUGUCCAUAUCAAGUGAAACCAAUGGGAUGAUGAACCAUUCUCAGCUAAUACAGGUAUCCCUCAAGCUACAUUCUACAUGUACAGUAUCUUCACUUUAAAGUUACAGAUUUGGGGCCAGUUUCCUGGACACGGAUUAAGCCAAGUCCUGGACUAAUAAGCCCUUUCAAAGGAGAUUCUUCAGUGAGUUUGCUUGCAAGUCCAAGACCAGGCUUAAUCUGUGUCCAGGAAACCGCCCCUCAGUGUUGCUGCUACAGUAUUUAGAGACUAUUUUCUGUCCAACAGACUUUUCUCAACUCAAGCACUUGUCCAGAGAUCCAUGGGCACCUCCAUGCCAAAGAACAAGGCAGGAAGUCUUGGAAGAAGUUCUACUUUGUCUUGAGGAGGUCAGGUCUCUACUUCUCCAACAAGGGGACAUCAAAGGUCAGUCAAUAUCAUUGAUAUAUUAGUGUGCACUCAAGAAAUGUUUCUUAAGUAACUGUCAAGUUUUCCAGAUUUCAAUGAAACAUUAAUUCAUUACAAUAUGAAUGGAAUAGAUUUCCUUCCUAAAAUAAUUCUGUAUGUUAAAAAGCAAAAAGUAUGUUUUUGCAAAAAGCAACUAAAUUCAAGGAGAUAAUUUAACUUGUUUUCGCUGGCUGUCUAUGGGAUAAUUUGAUAAGUGUGUCAAUGUGCCAGCGUGGUGUGGUGUACAGUAGGGGACUAGCUAGCUCUAUUGUCCCCUGGCUGCUUUGUGGAACUGGUUGAGCUAGAUUUCCCUUUGGUCAGCUGGCAUGCCACUGCCAGGGACUGAGCCCUCAACACCCAAUGCUGACAGGUGAGGCUUAGACGUGCACAGCACUGUGCCAAGCCAACCACUUCUCCCUCUCCCAACAACAGAAGAGACUAGAGAACAAAAAGACUAGAGCACAAAAAGACUAGAGCACAAAAAGACCCAGGUUUGCUAUCUCCAAUAUAGGUGACGCAAUUAGUUAGAGAUGUUAGGUCUGACUUCAUUCUUUUAGUUUGAUAUGAAGUGAUUUAUGAUGUGUAAAUUGGUUUUGGCUACAUUUUUGGUUUGUGUCCUACACAUUGCCAGUCAGUCAGUCACCACAAACACAGACAACUAUACCUACCUGUUCUUUACACUGUGCGACAGAGAAGUGAGAAUGUUGUGUCGCAUUCCCACAACGUUUGAACAAUGGUUUGCUUUGUGCUUCUCUGCUUGGUAAAUCUCUUUUGCCUUGGCUCCCUGACAGUGUUCUUAUUGUAUAAAUAAAUCUCUUAUCACUUUGUCACAUAUUUGGUCCUAUCUCAAACACUAGCCACACCUACAGUGUAAUGGAUAGGGCAAGAUUAUUUGCUUGACUAUGUUGAAGUGUGCCAAAUUCGUCCCACCUCUCAAUUGUAAGGGGUCUGCAGCUAAAACAAUGAUCUCUUUUUAUUCUGUGAUCACAAUGGACCAGGUUGAUGUGAAUCUUUGUCCUAAAUGGCACCCUAUUCCCUAUUCAGUGCUCUUGGACUCAUAGGGCUCUGGUCAACAUUAGUGUGCUAUAAAGGGAGUAGGGUGCCAUUUGUGAGGGUGCCAUUUGUGAUGCAGACAAAAACUUCAAGCUAGUCCCUCUUUACUAUUGUCACAGUGACCAACAUACUACAGACUGGCAUUAUACCACAUGCCUUAACUGCUAGCUUUUCCUUACGCUGACCAGCCCACUAAGCUCACACAGAUGUACAUGUAUAAUGGCCAAGUGAUAUGACAUUGCAGUCUUUAUUUGCUUAGCAUCUGUCUUCACACUGGGCAGCCCUGCAUUGUUCACAUUUCUACCCUGAUCCCUCAUAUAGUUGGAUUUGUAAUGGAACUUGAGUCUACUCUACAGUGGAAUGCGAGAACCCAACCCUUCAUUGCAAUGGAGCAUAGGGGGGGAUAAUGUGACGUAAAGGGGACACUGAAAGGCAUGUGGAGAUUUGAGACAUUUCUACAUUUCCUGCAUUGUUCACAUUUCUACCCUGAUCCCUCACAUAGUUGGAUUUGUAAUGGAACUUGAGUCUACUCUACAGUGGAAUGCGAGAACCCAACCCUUCAUUGCAAUGGAGCAUUAUGUGUUGGGGGGGGGGAUAAUGUGACGUAAAGGGGACACUGAAAGGCAUGUGGAGAUUUGAGACAUUUCUUGUUUUCUAUUCACAGGAACCAAGGCAUCUCCAGUUCAUUGCUGAGUUCAGUGACAGCGACGUCUACACGUUCCUAUCAGCGAGAAAGAUACACGGAGCGCCUACGGACUAUGGCUUCUGUGUCAAGGUACUUUUACUUUCUCUAUCUAUAAACCUAUAUUUGGUGUUUUCUGUAAAGGUUUUAACAUGUUAAGUUAUUCAAUUCAAUAUAACUUUAUUUAUCCCAUCAGGGACAAUUAAGAAAGGCAAGUCAGUUCCGAGUUAUGUUUGGUAAACUCAUGCUUUCUCUUCAUGAUGAUCCUCCACUCCAGUCUACUAAGUGUGGCUCUCCACGAGACCUCAAGUUGUUGUGUGCAGAUGACGAGCAAACCAGAACCUGCUGGGUCACUGCCAUGCGCCUCUUUAAGGUACAGUCACCAUGCUGCCCCCCUUAUCACAUCCAAACUCUGUCUAGUGUCUACACAUCUAAAGGCUUGCCUUUUGAAACAUGCUCAUGUUUUGUGUUGCAGUAUGGGAUGCAGCUGUACCAAAACUUCAUUCAACCACACCAGAAACAGAAAACUUCACCUAUGGUAAGUGAUGUGUAAAUACCAAUGUGCUGAUACACAGUUUAACAGCACAUGACACAGGACACACAGUCAGUAUUCAUACUGGAUUCAUUUUCCAGAAUAAUAUUUCCCCCUCAAAUGCGAGUAUUCUGUAUGAGUAAACACAUGUUCUAUUAUGGGCACUGGAACAUCCAGCCUGUCUCCUCUAAAAAUAACCGUAGAUCAGCUGCUCUCAGACUUAACAACUCGUCACCCCUGCUUUGCUGUCAGAAGAACGCAAAGAGUGUCUAGGCAUGGGGCUGGGACCCUGAGCUCAGUGCUGCACAGGGAAGGGCUAGGAUGCAUCUCAAAUAGUGUACUUUUUUUACUAAGGCCCUAUGGGAUACCCUAUGGUCCCUGGUCAAAAGUAGUGCACUAUAUAGGAAAUAGGGUGCCAUUACGGACACACACUUAGACUAACCCUCUGGGAACAGGCUUGCUUAAUCUCCUUUACCCUGGCAUACAGCUGUUAUAGCCUAGAUCAUGACAUGCCGUAAGACUAGCCCACCAGACAAAGAAUCAAAUCACAAUGAAACCAAACCAAGGAAAGGAGCAAUCAGUUUGUUUGCACAAUGAUGCCUGGGAGCCCCAGAAUUAUCUUUACAUCGUCUGAAUGGACCCAGACCAUUCAGAGAGUCUUAGAAGGAUUGGAAUGUUUCUAUCCUUAAAGUAAACAGUAGUCACUUUGUGACGACUGCCCUUAAGGAUCCUGAGGUUAGGGGUGAUAGAGGGGCAAACCAUGGCAAUUUAAAGGCCUCUCACUAAUCCUGAUAAGAAGUAUUUUCUUUUGAGUUUGAUUAUUUAAAACCAGUGACUAUGACAGCUUAAGGGACUAUAAUCAAUGCUAUGUGCCCAUGUGUCGUUCUAUUCGUAACCCCUCUAAUCCCCAUUCACUGGAGCACAUUCUGCUCGGAAUCAUCUAGAAAUUAUACUCAGUCACACUUCUCAGACACUAGAUAGCAGCACUUCUGUAUAAUUUUUUACACUGUAUACUCAUAAUAAUGUAUACUACCUCAAACAUUAUGUAUAUUUCAAGAGAAGUAUCUCAGAGAACUCCUUGGUGGCCAUGGACUUCUCAGGACACAAGAGCCGGGUGAUCGAGAACCCAUCGGAGGCGCUGUCCGUAGCCGUGGAGGAAGGGCUCUCAUGGAGGGUAGGCUAUUGGUUCGCUCUCUGACAUCAUUUCUCUCUACUCAGCACUGUGACACUGGUCCUGCAAUAACACAUAAAGGAUUAUUUUACCAUGACUGAAUACCUGACAACAGAUGCUUUAUUAAUGCCCAAAAUUUGACGCGUCAGUUGUAUAAGGUAUGAAAUGAUGGUGAACCAAUGUGAAAAUAGUCCAAGCAUGUGACACUUGAACUGUUCUUCACUCUCUCCCUUCAGAGGAAAAGCUGCCACCGUCUGAGCUCCCAUGGAAGCCCGUCCACCUCUCAGAGUCCCAUGUCAAACAUAGGUUAGUAGAAGGCCACUUUCAACAUGCAAGCAGCAACUCCCAGGAAUGCAGCCACAGCCACAUGACUCUCCUAACCAGAUACAAUGUGCUUAAUGACUCAGCCACUAGUGUCGUGUCCUCUCCCUCUGAAACAUGGGUCGUAUUCAUUAGUGCACACCGUAGCAAUACGUUUUUGGCGGCAGGUAGCCUAGCGGUUAGAGUGUUUGGCUGGUAUCCGAAUGGUCGCUAGUUCGAAUCCCCGAGCUGACAAGGUUAAAAAUCUGUCUGUGCCCUUGAGCAAGGCGCUUAACCCUAAUUCUUCCAGGGUUGCCGUAGAUAAUGGCAGAGCCUGGCCAUGACCCCACUCUCUGAGGAUGUCUCAGGGAGAGUUCACAUAUGCGAAAAAACAUUUCCAAUUCCCAUAUGUGUGUUAAUACACACUUGUACGUGUGUGAAAUAGGACAAAUAUAAGCACCCAUCAAAUGUAUUAUUUUGCAACGGCUAAUUAAAACAAGCAUUUUUUAUUGGACAAGUUCAGGUAGUCACUCACUGUUUCUGUAUGUUUUCUUCUGUUUGGUGCCUAAUGAAAAUCACCAUAGUCGUCCUGUGUGUUUUGCAGCUCUCCAUAUGGCCCAGCCCUGGUUCCACAGCAAAUUGUCCAGAGACGAAGCACACCUCUUAAUCACUCAACAGGGUCUGAUUGAUGGGUGAGCAGCAUCAGGCACUUUUCUAUGCGUGUUUUGAAACUGCAAGCUAGAGAGUUUACGUAUGGAUUUUAUUGUAGUGUAAUUUACACUUACCAGACAGAAAUACGUUAACAAAAAUGUCCCAAGUUGUUCCUGAAGAAACUGAGAGACUUUUCUUUGUUUUCAGAGUAUUUAUUCUAAGGGACAGCCAAAGCAACCCCAAUACAUUUGUACUGUCACUGUGUCACACACAGAGAAUCAAACACUUUCAGAUCUUACCGGUGAGUAUAACCCUUUGUUUUGGUAUAUGCACUUCUCUUCUCUUUUAGACAACAUCUUGUUCAAGCUUGUGUGUUUGUGUGUGUUUGCGUGCAUGUGUAAGGUGGAUGAAGAGGGGGAAUUGUUCUACAGCCUAGAUGACGGUCAUACGCGCUUCACUGAUCUGAUCCAGCUAGUGGACUUCUACCAGCUCAACCGUGGGGUGCUGCCCUGCAAGCUCAAACACCACUGUGCCAGGAUCACCCUCUGAGGGUGCAGGGGUCUCCUAGGGCCCCAUACAUACAGAAGCACCUUAAUCACAGCCAAUGCCUCUCUGGAGAACCAACCACCCAUGCAUCCCUCACUCCCUCCUAUGCCUUGGACAGGAGACACAGAGAACACCUCCAGACAUAAGCGAACUGAAACCACUUAUCACCCACUACAAUCCAUUAUCUUGGAGAAAACUGUGGUAAUCAGUCUUUGUAAUGAUUUUACUUUUUAAUAAAAUAUUAAAUAGGUGUUAUGAUUAAAAAUACAUGACGAAAUUGUGUCAUACAUGACCAGAGGUGUUGAGAAAUCUGGUGUUGGAAAAAAGUGAAUCGACUGUAGAAUUGAUGUGACUGAGAGGGCUCUACUGCGAGCCUAUUGGUUGGCCCUGUAUGUUAGCCCAGGUGUGGUGACGAAUCACAAACAUCACAGGGACUCAUGUGUCGAGUCCAAACUUCAGUUAAUAUACUGUAUAUAAUGUGGAGCUGAUCAUGUUUGCAUUGUGUAUCGGCUCACUUGCUUGUUACAACUCUAUGGGAAUGAACAUCUACUGUAGCCAACGGUUGAAACCGUAGAGCGAGAGCUGAUAUUUGACAAUGUGUGUUCACACCACGUGAAUAGAAUGACCAGUGUGGUACAGCCAUAAUCAAUGUGCAUUAUCGGCACAGUUAAACUGAACCUGGUAAUUUGUCAGUAGAAGGGGAUCACUACUAUCAGAUGAGACAAGGCAUGAUGGGAAAUGUAGUAUGUAGGCUCCAGAGGAGGCUGGUGGGAAGAGCCAUAGGAGGACAGGCUCAAUGUAGUUGAUGGAAUGGAAUCAAUGGAAUGGAGUCAAACAUGUGGUUUCCAUAAGUUUGAU